ACAGCGAGUCCAAUUUAGGGUACAAUUAGCUUUCCAUCCCCAACUUGGUCUUUUUUCAUCUGCAUUCUCCAUGGAUAUUGAUGUCGGACCCGUUGAUCCAUCUGUCCUUUACGAACAAGAACUCCAUGUUUCAUCUGCUGUCUGGGAAGCACAGGAACGAGGUCUCCUCCGUUGCCAAGAACACACUUCACUCCUCCAUCAAUGGAAACUCACCGACGAACAAACCAAGCUCGUCGACAAAGCAGGCUUCGGACUCUUCCGCCGAAUCGGCCCAAUGACACUAAACAACUCCUUAAUCUCCGCUCUCGUCGAGCGGUGGAGAAGAGAAACCAACACAUUCCAUCUCCCCUUAGGAGAAACGACGAUAACCCUCGACGAAGUAUCCUUAGUACUCGGCCUCCAGAUCGAUCGAGACCUCGUCGUUGGCUCCAAAGUAGGGACGAGGCUGCGAUGGAUAUGUGCGGGACACUCUUGGGGCAGCUCCCGUCCGCUGCGAACAAAGAAGUUAACUGCUCGAGGGUUAAACCUAUCUGGCUUAAGAGAACGUUCUCUGCAGAGGCGGAUAUAGAACUGGAUUUAAUGGAGGGCACAUAACAUUUCUCACUAUAUUUUAUAAUUGUCAUUGAUUAAGCUUAACUACUCAAAGAAAUUAAAAAAUUAGAUGGGGGCAUGUGCCCCCCUACGGCUCUUACUAUGUUCGCCACUGGUUCUCGAAAAUAAGAUUUUUUUAAAGUGUUCACGCUUAUUAAGAAUUCAAUAAAUAUUUAUAAUUUAAUUUUUCUUUUACUUUAUUAUAUA